UCUCAUCAGCAAGAAAUAAGAAUCGUAAUGGCGCAAGGUGUACCUGCGAAUCGAAUCAUUUUCGCAAACCCGACCAAGUGGGCUACUCACAUCAGAUUCGCCAAGACGAUGAAUGUUGAAAAGAUGACAGUUGACAGUAUAAUGGAAAUCCUCAAAAUCAAAGAGAUUUUCCCGGAAGCGAAAAUAGUGAUCCGUAUUCGUUGCGAUUCUCAGAAUUGCAAGGUGUCACUUGGAACGAAAUUCGGUUGUGAGGAAGAGGAAGCUGUACGGUUGAUGCAUUUCAUAAAGAACGUUGGUUUGACGUUAUGGGGUUUUAGCUUUCACGUCGGCAGUCCAUGCAACGAAUUAAACGCUUAUGUCAGAGGAAUCAUGAUGUGCAAGAGACUAAUCGCGAUUGCUAGAGAGAUCGGCUGCGAAGAUGCUCAGUUGAUCGAUAUCGGUGGUGGAUUUCCUGGUAACAGAGGAUACUGUAUUGACAAGCUGGCUGGUCUUAUUAACGACGCCAUUCAAGACAUUGAUUCGAGCAUCACGAUCAUUAGUGAACCUGGACAAUAUUAUGUAACCUCGGCAUAUAGCUUGGUGUCACUUGUGCAUACGAAAAAGGUAGUUCUCAGGAAUGAAGAAAUGAUUAGAAUGUAUUAUAUGAAUUGCGGAGUAUAUAACUGUUUCAUCGAGGAAUUACUAGACAUCAAGGCGAGAUUACCAGUACCGUUGGAUACGCCAGAGAGCGAUGAAAAAUUCGUCUCAUUCGUUUGGGGUCCAACCUGUGACUCCUUGGAUUGUAUCUUGAAAGAUGUAUUGUUACCUGAAUUUCAUCGUGGCGAUUGGUUGAUUUGGAGAGACGUUGGAUCAUACAGUAUAAGCCUUAGUUCUCCCUUUAAUGGUUUUUCAGCACCCAAAGUACAUGCAUUUGUGAGAAUAAGUCAAUGGAAAAAGUUUAUUGCUGGUAUAAGUAUAGCGCAGGAAUCCAUAUCACAGAAUAACGGAGUGGAGAAUGCAGUGAUGAAAACUAAAUAA